AUGGACUUGCAAAACGCGGCAUUAGUGACAGCAUCAUCAGUGUUAAUGUUCACUGCCUUGAAACAACUUCUUCGUACAGGUGAACUAAAAGGCGGAGCUGCAGUGCAUAAAAGUACAUUGACCAGUGUCACGUCCAUGAUGGAAAACCAGAAGUACCCAGCUAAGCGCCAUAACCUGAACGUCAAGAAAUGUUUGUUGGAGAAGAACCCCCAACUGAAGGCGACAAACACUGCGAUAUUUAUAUCCGGUGCGAAACUCGAGGGAAUUAAAUAUUGCGAUCAGAACAAGGCCUUCAGGCAAAAUCGUUACUUCUACUAUCUGUCCGGAUGCAACAUUCCAGCUUCUUCUCUUUUGUUCAACUUUAACACGGAAGAGCUAACACUAUUCUUACCAGACGUUGACAAGGAAAAUAUUAUGUGGUCGGGAUUGCCGCUCUCAAUUGAUGAGGCAUACGAAAGGUAUGAUGUUGAUUCGGUGGCCUAUGCGUCCAGCAUUCAGAAAAACUUGGUUGGCCUAGAUGACUUUCAAUUGCUUACGAUUGAUCUGGAUGAUGUCCCCUCUAACAUACAGCCUUUAUUGAAGAUCGGGGGAGAUGAUUUGUUUUACGCUUUGGACGAGUGUAGAAUGAUCAAAGAUGAAUACGAGCUAGCCAUGCUCAGGAAGGCAUGUGCGAUUACGGACAAGUGUCAUCUCUCAGUUAUGUCUGCCAUACCCAUAGAACAUAAUGAGGGCCAUAUGCAUGCAGAAUUCACUUACCAUGCCAUGCGCCAAGGAUCAAAGUUUCAGGGCUACGAUCCUAUUUGCUGCUCUGGGCCAAAUUGCGGCACGUUACACUAUGUGAAGAACGAUGAUGGUAUGGAAGGUAAGCACUCCGUCUUACUUGAUGCUGGGGCUGAAUGGGAGAACUAUACUGCAGAUGUCACACGUUGUUUCCCCAUCAACGGUACUUGGACAAAGGAACAUCGAGAAAUAUAUGAAACAGUCCUAGAUAUGCAGACACAAGUCAUGAACCGCAUUAAACCUGGUGUCAGCUGGGAUGAACUACAUGUUCUGGCGCAUCGUGUCUUGAUCGCUCACUUCCUGAAACUCGGUAUUUUCAAAUCGGAAUAUACUGCGGAGGAACUUCUGUCUUCCAGAGCGUCUGUUGCGUUUUUCCCGCAUGGUUUGGGACACCUGUUGGGGAUGGACACGCAUGAUGUCGGGGGCAAUCCCAACUAUGAUGAUCCUGACCCCAUGAUGAAAUACUUACGGCUCCGUCGUCCAUUAAAAGCUGGUAUGGUUGUUACAAAUGAACCUGGUUGCUACUUUAACCAAUUCUUGAUUGAGGAAUUUUUGGAGAAGCAUCCAGACAAGCUGAAGCUUGUCAACCGUGACGUGAUGAGCAAGUAUUUUUACAUCGGCGGUGUCAGAAUUGAGGAUGAUGUGCUGGUCACUGAAACUGGUUAUGAAAACCUAACUAAGGUGACUAGUGACCCAAAUGAGAUCGAGAAGAUCGUUUCUGCCGCAAUAAAGAAAGGACGAUCACACUUUCAUGCAUUAGCCUAA